UUUUCACUUUCAAGUGGCUGUCGAAUUUCUGAUUCAAAAUGCAUUCCAUCCGACAGGCCGCAUGCCGCCUGCUGGCCUCGACGGCUUCAGCGCCGGUGCGAUCAACAUGGACCAGGGGCAGCACCAGCGCCGUCCAGCACACGACUCGCUUCGCCGUGCCCCGACGAACGAACCCCUCCAUAAUCCAGAGCCGAUGGAACAGCCAGGACGCGCAACGGCCGGCGGCGCCGGCGCAGUCUACUACUCCUCUCCCCGAUAGCAACGAAGACUCUACCGCGCGACAAGCGGAGGAUGCGCGCGCGACUACCACUACCGCAGAGACACAUCGCGAGAUCCAACCCGAAGAGAAAUCCCGAGACGGACUAGACCCGCGAGACCGCUCUUCCUCCGGCGACCCUUACUACGAUGCGGUGAGCUUCGAGGCGUCCCACGAGGAUGAAACCCUCGACGACGAGGUGUACCCAAGGAAUUCGCGACACAUGGAGAUGUUCCGCAAGCUGAAGCGGAUGACGGAGCCGAAGGAGACGGUGUUUGUGGGGAAUAUUUUCUUCGACGUUACGGCGGAGGAUGUGCAGCACCGGAUGCAGAAGUUUGGGGUUGUGGAGCAGGUUUAUAUCGUUCGUGAUAAUCGGGGGAUUAGCAAGGGAUUCGGCUACGUCCAGUUUGAUACCGUCGAGGCUGCCGCCCGCGCUAUCCAAGGCAUGCACUUGAAGGUCUUUGAGGGCCGGCGCGCGACGGUCGAGUUUGCGCAGAACAACGUCAACACUCAUAUGGGAAUCCGGAAUCCGUCGAGAACGCUGUAUCUCGGCAACGUGCCGUUCGACGCGACGGAUAAGGACAUCGGCGAGCUCUUCGAGGGUAUUGCCAACGUGGUGGACGUGAGAGUCGCGAUUGAUCGCCGGACGGGGCUGGCGAAGGGCUUCGCGCAUGCUGACUUUCUUGAUGUCGAGAGCGCUAAGAUUGGGUUGGAAAUGUUGCGCCAGAGACGGCCGCAUGGGCGGCGGUUGCGCGUGGACUUUAGCCAUAGUAGCCGGUUGGCGAAUACGGAUGAGAGUAAGUAGGUAUGACUUUGAUAGAGUCAAGUCUGGUAUUGGGAUGUAUAAUAGAUCAUGUAUACUAUCU